GUGAAUAGUCGGCGGGUGCUGUUCGGUUCUUCCUGGUCAGAGAAAAGAUGAGCGUGUUCCUACCCUGCCUGCUGCUGUUCGUGGGACUUGCGUGUUCCAACGCUCGUGUGCCUUUUCAACUGAAUAACCCUAUUUAUUUCAAGAAUAUCGCAGCGGGCUUGCCUGAUAAUCCGGUCGGGAAGAUAUGGGCUUUACUGGUAGCAGGCUCUGAAGGAUGGGAUAAUUACAGACAUCAGGCUGAUGUCUGUCAUGCAUACCAAAUUCUGCACAGUAAUGGAAUCCCUGAUGAGAACAUAAUUGUUAUGAUGGCUGAUGAUAUUGCCUUCUAUGAAGAUAAUCCAACUCCUGGUGUGAUUAUCAAUCACCCUGGUGGGCCAAAUGUCUACAAGGGCAUACCAAAGGAUUAUACAGGGAAGGAUGUUACCGUUAAAAAUUUUUUGAAUAUUCUGGUUGGAAACAAAACUGCAAUGAAGGGUAUAGGAAGUGGUAAAGUUAUUGAAAGUGGUCCAGAUGACUUGGUAUUCAUCAACUUUGUGGACCAUGGUGGUGACGGUGUCCUUUAUUUUCCAAAUGAAGAGCUAUAUGCGGAUGAGUUUAUUGAAGCAAUUAACUUAAUGUCAGCUAAGUCAAAAUAUUCAAAGUUGAUAAUGUACAUAGAAGCUUGUCAUGCGGGUUCCAUGUUUGACAAUAUGCUCUCAGAUACGACAAAUGUUUUUGUUCUGACUGCAUCCGAUCCACAUGAAAGCUCCUAUGCCUGCUAUUAUGAUGAAACGAGGGGAACAUAUUUAGGCGAUGUCUUCAGUGUCAUAUGGAUGAAUGAUACAGAAAAUGAAAGCUUACCACGUGAGAGUCUUCAUCAUCAGUUUGAAAAAGUCCGUACUUAUACCAACACUAGUCACGUUGAGGAAUAUGGUGAUUUGGAUAUUGGUGUAACAAAACUGAAAGAUGUUUUAGGAUUCAAAAUGAGAAUGAUGAAAGCAUUACAGGGUUUUAAUUCAUCUUUCAGCAGUUCGGAUGUCAAGCCAAAACAUCCUGUGGACACCGCAGAUAAUAUGGAAGUUCCUCUUAUUGUUCUUCAAAAGAAGAGAAGUGCUGCCAAUGAUCCAGAGCAAAGUCAAGCUCUGAAAAUACAAAUCUAUAACCUAAUCAAAAAACGAAAAUUUGUUGAUCAGUUAUUUCAUGAAAUCGUUCGAAGGGUAACAGAUAACAUAGAUUUACGCAAGAAAGAAGUGCACACUUCAACAUAUGGUUUAACUCUAGAUAAAUUCUCAUGCUACAAGAAGCUCUACACCACAUUUUCCAACAAUUGCUUUAGUUUUAUUCAGAAUCCUUAUGCUCGUGUGCACUUGCAGAAAUUUGUAAACAUGUGUAGCACAAAAUGGUUGAAUAAAGAUAAAUUCGUUGAAGGCAUAAAAUCAGCUUGCAGUGAUGUAUUAGGCUCUAUGAAACCCAAAAAUAUCAUGUAAUCAGAUAUUUAACCAAUUUUAUGUGCAAUUUUAAAAGUUUAUGUUAUAACUAAAUAAAAUAUUGAUUAUUAUUAUU